AUGGAGUCAGGACAGGGAGACCAACCUGCAGUAUACCUGGAAGUAGUGGAGGCAGGGAGUGGUACAGAGGUUACCUCCAGUGAAGGACAGGUCAAUCUAGUUCAAGAAGAGAUGGUUAUUGAUAAUGGUAAUUUCAGUCUUUCUUUUUAACCCUUUCACUCCCAAGAUCUAAUUAAUAAUUCUCCUUACUAUCUGCUAUACAAUUCUUAUAAUGUUAGUUCAGAGAAUUUGGUAUUGGAUCAACUAAUCCCAUAUUUGAUAUUCUCUAUUCUCAUCACUUACCUGCUUGAUAUUGUAUUGAUAUUGUAAGGAGAAAUUCUGUCUUGAUCACUUGUGGGAGUGAAAGGGUUAAAGUCAAAUUCAGUUUGCCAGACUAAGUUUCCUGGCAUACAUUGUUUGUAUUCAUCAAAGCUGUCAGAAGAAUUUUGUUCUGAAAGUCUUCCUAUUUUACCUUAUAACCUUUUUGAUCCCCAAGAGUGACUUGCAUUUAAUUUCUCAUUAAAGUAUCACCCUUGAAUCAAACAUUAAGGUUGUUGGAAUGAAGGAAACUAUCGCCUACUUCAGAACUUCUUGAUUGAUAGAUGAAUUCUCCUAGUCAGAAUUUAGGAGAUGUACAGAGAACAGUAUGGAGAAUAUGCAUACCAGUGUUAGGGUAAAGGCUUAAACCCCUUAUAGUCCCCAGAAACAGAGAGGUCAUUAUAAAGUGGAAAUGAUUGCCAACUGGAGAAGUUGUGGACUGUUAAACAAAAUUUAAUUCUCCUUGUCAGCAUCUGAGGAAAUAUACAGAGAACAUUAUGGAGAAUAAAUGAUCUUCCAUGGGAAAACGGACACUAAUGCUUUUCCAUUUAAACUGCGAAACUGUUUACUAUCUGUUUAAAUCUGUUUAAACGGUUCAUGAAAGUGUUUAAAUGGUUUGCUCAUCUGUUUAAAAAAAUUUGCAUCCGUUUAACGCUUUUGGUAAAACGUUUAGGUGGUUUGCUCAUCCGUUUAAAAAAAUUUGCAUCCAUUUAAAAAAUUUGCAUCCAUUUAAUGCUGUAACAAAAAUGUUUAAACGGUUUCUUAAUCCGUUGUAAAAAAAAUUGUUUCCGUUUGAUGUUCCAAGGAAAACUUUCAACUGUUUGUUUAUCAUUCUGUUACGGGCUGAGUUCCUAUUAUCCUUCACAGCUCAAAAUAUAAUUUUUACUUGUUUAUAAUUCUUGAAUUCUUUCAAUUCUUUUAAUUCUUUCCCUUGCAGCAUCAUCUACUGAUGUUACCACUAUUCCUACAUCAGUCCUGUCCCAGGUGAUGGACCAAGCAACAUUAUCCACCAUGCAGGCUGAAAUGAUUGCAGUUCAGGUCCUUUCCCAAUCUGCAACAGGCGACAUUCAGUACCUGCAACAUCAGUCUCCAGCACGGUUUAUUCCAAUUGUCACAUCAACAGAUUCAAGUACUUUGAACUCAUUACAAGCCACACUCAGUCAAAUGCCACUUGCAACCCUACAGGUUAGCAUUUGAAAAUUCCAGUAUAUUUCUGAGCUGUUACUAGAUGAAUAUUAUUUAAUAACUUAUUGAUAAUUUUUUUUAGUUGUUUCGUGAUUCCUGAUAUUUUAGGCAAUAUAAAGUGUACUCUUUGAGUAGCUUUAUCAGUUGAUUUCUCCAUGGAUUUUCCACACCCCAGUGAUCAUAGACUUUGGAGUUGGAAACCAGACUGAGAAACUAGGACCAGCAUCCUGGUGUCCUACUCUUUACAACUGUGUUUAAUAGUUUGUGAGUUCUUAAUGGUCUCCUACUAAACACAUGACAUUAAAGAUGUGGUAGAUGAAGCCCAUAGGUUAUCAUCCUCAUACAACAAUAGACAUGUUUCAUUGCAAAGACAGCAAAUUCUACUCAGUGUCUUCAAGACCUUGAAUGUCAGUCUAGUGUUGGAUGCAAACCUUGGACCUUCCAGGGUGCAGUGUGGUAAUUGGCAGGUGUUUCAUGAGAUACCUUUGAUCAGAGAGUUCUCUUGCUAGUUCAUAGAAUUUUCUGGUUAACUUUUGAUGGCCUAAUCUAUUUUUAUUCAGACAUGGAGAAUACUUACUGGUCACUCAACACUGCUUUUGGUGAAAACCCUGACUCUACUAAUCUAGGUAAUCCUGUUGUGGUCUUUUCAUCAUUGCUUUGUCUUCCAGAUAAGCCCCUCUCAACCAGGAGCAACAACCCAGACAAUUCAGUUACCAGGUGGCCAAACCAUUCAAGUACCCCUGAAUGUUACCCAAAUGUCAGCUCUGGCCUCAUCGCAGACAGACGCUGGAGGGGUAUCCACAACUGGGGGCACCCUCACCACCAGCACAGAAGCUAUUAUCGCAGCUGCCACAAGUGCAGAAGCAGCUGCUGCAGCUGUAGCUCAAGAGCAAGGGGCCACCCUUGUCACAGUUCAUCCAGCUGUGAUAGAGGCUCCUACAGAUGGCACCGAAGGUGGACAUGAUGGGGAAGAACAUGACGGCGAUGGUGAGUGGGAAUUAUUCCUACAAAAUGUGUAUAAGAUACAGCUUAUCCAACCAAGUUUGGAUUAUUUUUCCAUUACCCGAACAGAGUCACUGCUGAUGUAGCUGUUGACACUUUUAAACUAUGCUUGUAUUGCAAAGUGUGGAAAAGCAUGCUUUUCUAAACACUAUGUUAACCAAGUCCCUUUAAAUGUCUUAUAAUUAGCUUUUUAGACAUACAAGUAAACAUAAUUAUUAUUUUGUUCUUUUAAAGCGUACAACCUAGCACAUUAGGAGUUGAAACUUGCCUGCAUGUACCUGGAUAUGGAAUUCCCACAUCCUGUGUGCUAUGUGUUCCAGUGUGUUAGAAAAAUACCACAGUCUCAAUAUGACUUUAGACAUUUUAAAUUUUGCUGCAAAGCUUGUAAUGAUUUUAUAAUAAUACAAUAUUUUUUGCCUUUUAUGAAGCUGAUUGUAGGACAUUGUACUGGUUGUAUAUUUUAUACUAAAAAAUGACUUACAUGUCUUACAUGUAAUUAUUGAAUUAGAUAUUUCUUUGUGGUAACCAUUUUUUAGAUGAUGGUAAACCCAAGUACACCUGUGAAAUUUGCGGAAAAUCUUAUAUUCGCUCCUGGUCAUAUUAUGGACAUAUGAGAGAACAUGCCUCUGGGGAGAAGCAGCACAAAUGUGACGUGUGUGGCAAGAUAUUUAAUUAUGCCAGCAAUCUGCGACAGCACAUGCUCAUUCAUACAGGUACUGUAUAUAAUUUAACACCCUGAACACUACCUUUAAAUUUCAUUAAUUUCAAUUAUUUAGUUGUCAUUAGUUUCUACUGAUGAAUUACCAGGUAUCAUCAAAUCAAUAAAACUGUUGGUAAAAUGUACCCAAGUGCUCCUAAUGGCUUAUAACUCUAAAAUCUAGGGGCAGUCUUUGUAUGGUUUUCAUACUUAUAUCAUUAUGUUUCAUGAAAAUUAAAUUUUUUUGGUGAAAUUUGCAGUGUAUGUAGGAUUGUUUUAACUUUCACACAGUGUGUUCACAUUCUCUUCCGUUACACAUGAAAAACUUACCUCAAUGGCCAUUUGUGACUGAAGAUAAAAAAACCUGACUUUUACACUCAGGCCCCCUAUGGAGCACCCACAUAACUCAUUAUUAGUGAUUAUUGCGUUUAUACAAGGUACAUUUAUGUAUGUAUGUACUAAAGGUAACUUGUCUGUGUAUUCAUUACUGAUGUACAAUCUAGGAGAGAAGCCAUAUGAAUGUGAGUAUUGUGACAAGGCAUUCAACAACCCCAGCUCUCUGCGAUCCCAUGUUCUGUCCCAUUCUGAGGACAGACCUUACAUCUGUGAUCAUGAGGCAUGUGGUAAGGCCUUUAACAACCCAGGAUCUUUGAGGUUAGUAUUGUUUAAUUGUUGUUACACAUUUGGCACAUAUAUGUAAGCUGUAUGAGAGGUGAAAAUUUGUUCUCCUCUUCGUUAAUCUUCAAGCAUGUGUACAGGUGUCUUUAACAGUGUUCUAUUACUCACAUAUACCAAGAAGAGGAACCUCCAUAGUUAACUGUGUUGCUUAUGAAACAAUAAAAUGAACUGGUUUGGUCUCCAACCCAGACUUCUUGACUCAGGGAUUUCAAAACAAGCUGGUGACUGCAUAAAAUACAUUGGUAACUUGAUAACAUGUCACCAGUUGCUCUGGUUAAAAUAAUUACCUUUUGGUCUUGGAUGAGCUUUUCAUAUUCACCUACUUUUGCCGAGUCUGAAACCCUAUUUGAAACUUUUUGAAACCCCUGUUGACCUGGUGUCCCAUUGAUCCUGAGUAGCACACCACCAUACUGCCUCUUACAAGGGUUGCAAUUAAAGCCAGUUAUCUACCACCUCCUAUAAAACUUCUUACUGCCUUCUUUAGCAUGCCCCCAGAGUCCCUUGGAGAAGGUGGGGGCUUAUGUCCCCCUUUUUGGGUGCAGCAGCCCAUUAAACCAUCAACAGCACUUAUAGAAAAAAGUUAUUGAAACCUCUACUACUAUAUAUGUACCAUACUUUUUACUUGGUAGGGUUCAUCGCAGAGUGCAUCAGGAAGAGAAGCCCCACAAGUGUGAAGUGGAAGGCUGUGAUAAGGCGUUCAAGACACCAGCCGAGCUGUCCCGCCAUGCAUUCAGGCACACUGGCGAAAAGCCACACAAAUGUGAUCAGUGCGAAAAGGCUUUUAUUCGUUAUGAUGAUCUUAAACGACAUUACCGCAUUCACACAGGUAAGAAAUACCAUCUCCGUGUAUGUCACUUCAUUCUGAAGAAUAGCAAUUGUCCAGUGGGGAAUUAGUGAAGUUGCCUGAAAGUCCUUUUCCCAACUGUAUAUGUAUGUCACCUGAGUGUUCACAGCGGAAACAAUUACUCAAAAGAUCUGUCUAACAGACUAUAAAUAGGCAAUCAAGUUAAGAAAUCUGUAUCAAUCGCCACAUAACUCUGGUCUUAGGCGAGAAAACCUUUCAGGCAACUUGACCGUAAACUGCUGAUUUCACGUUUAGGUCUAGUUCAGUUUUCCGUAGCUUCUCACGGGGUCCAUCGCCAUAAAAUUUGCGUUGAUACUUUGUUUUUUUUUUCAGGUGAAAAACCUUUCAAGUGUGAUCAGUGCGAUUUUGCCUGCAUCCAGUCAUUUGACUUGGUGAAGCAUAAGUUCACUCACAGCGGUGACAAACCAUACAAGUGUGAGAUGUGUCCGAAGCAGUUCACACGCCCCGCUCGGCUGCGAGACCACAUGAGAACUCAUACUGGAGAGAAACCUUACAUAUGCGAUGUGUGUGGUAAAGGCUUUGCUAUUCAAACAGGGCUCAAGUCUCAUCAGGUAAACAACAGUCGAUCACAAUGCUGUGUACUGUCCACUGUGCCAAAAGAAUACCCAAUUUGCAUACCAUUUUUUCCCACAGUAGGCAAACGGCGUUGAUAAAUCUUAAGCCUGAAAUACAGUGUCUUGAACUUCCUUUUUAACUUCGAAGCUAAGCCAAGUUCGUGGGUUGCGGCCUUGUUUCAUUGCCAGCCUGCAAAUGAUAGGAGAUUCUGUCCCUGGACUGUAAUUUUACCCUGGAUAUCUUAACAUAAGCGGCAUCCCUGUAAUUUUAUCUCUAUUGAUGUAUCAACUGCAAUUUUUCUAUGUACAAAUUUAUCUUUUGCUUAGGUCACUUUCAGGGUAGAACUGUAAUUUUACCUGGGAAAUCUCAAACUCAGGCCACGUUCUUGGGUGUGGAAUUGUUUCGAUGUAUCACUGAAUUGCUAUUGUUGACUUUCAAGAGGUUUGAGAUAAUGUCUGGUCUCUUUAUUUUCUUUUGAAGGCCGUGCACACCGGAGACAAACCGUUUAAAUGCGAUGAGUGUGACAAGACAUUCCGCACCCAACUAGAGCUGCAGUCUCACAUGGGAAGACACACUGGGGUGAAACCUUUCCAGUGUGACAUCUGCCACAAGGAGUUCAUCUCUACAAUCACCUUUAAGCGUCAUGCCAUUGUGCAUUCUGGUAAGAAGAAACACCGAGGAGCGUUAAGGCUAUUCAUUUACAAGAUACAAGGCAACAUUUCAACAGAGGAUUGGAACAUACGUUAUCGACAUGUUCUUCGCUUUCACCGUAGAGCAAUUUUCAUCAUGAAAGUUUAUGUAUUUUUUUAUUUCUUUUGUUUUGCUUCACGUAGGUAUUUUCAAUUGAGGGUCGAAAAACUAAAACCAAAGUUAUCGCAACUACCAAUCAGAACAAUUAUUGUUAUUAUUAACAUCAUUAUCAACCAAUGAGAACUCAGCGUUGAAAAACGUUAAGAACCAGGUUGGGAUUGGGCGAAGUUUUAAAUUUAAUUAGUUGAGAAGGUAGCGCGAGUUUUCUAGACCAAUCACAGAGCGUGGUAAAGCAAAACCAAAGAAAUCCAGGGUUACCCUUAAUACCAGCGCUAUUUUCUCAGCCAAUGAAAUUCAAAAGUACUUUGUUACCCGUGUUUUCCUACAAAUUUUCCUUCGCUCUGAUAGGUCGUUGUGAUUGCUAUGAUUUAGUGAAAAAGUGGAAAAGCGCACGAACUUUGCUUGUUUGAUUUUUUUUCUCAGGGGAGAAGCCGUUCGAAUGCACCGAGUGCGGCAGGCGUUUUGCACGCUCUACUGACCUCAAAGUGCACAUGCCCGUGCACAGCGAGGACAAACCGUACAAAUGUGGCGAAUGCGAGAAGAUGUUCACUCGAUUUAGCACGUUGAAGGAGCACAUUCGAACACACACAGGUACUAGAAGGAAAUUUUCUUUCAAUUUUCGAUGCUCCAUACCAAGAGACAUUGUUUAGGUUAUUCGGUCGAACAUCUCAAAUCCGGUGGCCAGGAAAAACAGACACACAUGUAGGGAAAAAGUGUCUGCUUCUAUGAGGUUAGUAAAUUCGGAUCUUUACAUGGCUGGAUCAGGACUAAAUUCUUCGAAAGUUUUCUCUAUUUUGUUUUCUUUGUGUUUUUGAACAACGUUUUGCCUAUUUUCAAUCCUCUAAAAUUGGCGGAUCCAGGAGGGGGUAGUAAUGGUCUGGGGGUCCCUCUCAUCAGACAUUAAUUUUAAAACUUGGUUGACACCAACAUCCAUGCAAUGACUGGACAGCAAGUAAUCACUAAAUAUGAAGUCUUUAGAAUUUACUUGUGUUGAACUAUAUCUUUUGCUUUUCAAAGCUGUAGUGUGACAAAAAUUUUCUAAUUACUGAAUCAAAGUCGUCUGGAUCCGCCUCCGUCUAACAACUUCGAUUUAUCUUCUUUUAGGUGAACGGCCUUUUAAAUGCGACGAAUGUGGUCGAGAGUUCAACCACAGGAGCCAUUUUAACAAUCAUCUCCGGAUUCACACGGGCGAGAAGCCUUUCAAGUGUGAAGUUUGCGACAAGGAUUUCUCCCGCAAGGCUUCUCUCCGGUAUCACAUGAAGGUGCAUAACAAGGGCGAUGGACGAGUCAGAGUGCGGGGCAAAAAGGAAGAUCAGUCUGACACAGAGGUCAUCGAUGAACAGUCACAAGGGACCACGACUGUGGAACAGGUACAUUGACUUUAGUUCAUUAAAUCAAUUCUCUAUAUUUUACGGUAAAGAGGAAAGAAAACUGAAAUGUUUCGUAGUCAUUUCAUAAAAGCUCUAGACCACAUUUUCUAUUGGUUAAUCAGUACAAUAUCCCUCUUGUGUUGCCGGGGGAACACGCGAAAAUCUUGUUUAUCACUUACUCUCAACUCUUAUUCUUGCAGCCUUUCGCCCGGGUUAUUAAACAGGUGAAAUAAUCGAAAGCGGGGGCUAUUGUUUGAUUAGCGUCAGUAUCUGAGGAACUGCGCAAGUAACCCUCCCCUAACCCAACAUCAACCUUAGCUUAUUAUCAGUUGGCUGUUGUUGGGUUAUGGGAGGGGAAGGUGCGCAGGGGUCCAGACACUGAUAUUGAUUCCGUGUUCUUGCCAUGUGUGUAAUUUCUCGCGGUGCUUUUUAACGGGCAGUUUCAUCUGUUGCCGGGCAUCAGAACGAACAGACAAACAGACAACUGAUGUGUUAACUGAGCCAACAAAAUAUGAAACAAUUCUUUAUGUCUAUGUGACUGGAACUAUUCAAGAAUGUUUUAUAAUCGGUCAUGUGGACAUACACUGUAUCUUUGAGUUCUCAUCGGCUCAUGGAAGUUUGGUGUUUGUAACCACGCUUGUCUCGUUUUUUUAUCGUAACAGACCAUGUCUACCGUAAACAUCAGUCAUCUGGGUACAGAUGCUGACGUUCAAUUGGCUGAGGCAUUGGUUGCCGUCAGUGAAGCAGUAGUUGCGGCGGCGGCUGAAGGAGACGACACUCCUCGGGUUGUAGCCGUUGAGGAGACGACACAUAGCGAAGAGGAUGCUGUUAUGCAGCAGGUUUGUACUUAGGAAACAGACUUACCUUUUUGAAUUCUGGUACCAUUCAAUGAACUCAUUUCAAGUCAAAAAUCCUCUAUUGUUCAUGCCUUAGUAUUUUCAAGAACGAAACAAAAAUGAUUCUUUUGCUGCUGGUUUUUAGGUAUCAUACUUACACAAAUGAGGUGUUGCUUCAUUCUUCAGAUCAGCAGAAAAUAUUUAAAUUUGGAUGAAUGUCAAUAUCUGAGAAACUGGCACCUUCCCCUCCCCUCCCCUCACCCAACAAUAGUCAAAUGAGAACAAGAUAGGUUCAAUUUUGGGUUAGGGGAGGGGUAGGUGCACCCUUGAUCUAUACUGACAUGGAUCUUGAGCUUUCAAUGAUUAUCGUUUAAGGUAAGAUAGAACAUGGAAAAAAGUGAAUAAAUAAAAAGUUAUUUCUUUGCAGCACUUGCAAGAUGGUCACGCUGUCCAAGCUUCCAUGUUGGUGGAUCCCGUCACACAAGCUGCCGUCAGCGCCGGCAUCUCCGCCAGUGAUGUGGGCCAAUCCGUUGUCGAGACAGUAGUAACCACCAUGCCUCAGGUUGUCGACAUACCUACCGCUGGGUCGGAGGUGUCGGUUGGUGAAGCUGUUGGCAUUCCUACCGGACAAGUGCAUAUUAUGGAGGUGGCCGACGGCACGGCAGUCACUACUGCUGACGUUCAAGCAGCCAUCGGUGAAGCCAUGCAGACAGCGCACGUGACUGUAGAGGGAUCCGAUACUCUGGGUAUCACCGUGCCAGCAGAGAUCCUAGCUGCCAUGGCGGCUGCGCAGUCGCAUCCUCAUUUACUGAUAGCUACCGCUGAUCAGCACCUAAUGCAGGCUCAAGUUGCUGCUGGAGCUGCUGACCAGCAAGCAUUGCAAACGCAAGGCGGAGACGUGGUGAAUCAGGCCUCUGGAGGUUCUACACAGUUGGGAGGCGACCUGCAGGCCAGCAGUCAUGGUGCGCAUCAGCAGCAGCAAAUGGAAGAACCCAUGCAAACAGAGUAAUAAGGAUUGCGUGAAAAUGAAAUUGGUGUACUUCUGUUGCACGAUGAAACGGUUCGUUUUCAGUACUUAAGUCUUUUUGUCAUGCUGGGGCUGGCAUGUUUUUCUGUAUUCAUUUUGUACAGACAUUACAGAACUUCUUUGAAAUAUCCGUGUGCCAUUAACUAAUUUGGAUCAUUUUGUAAACAUUAUAAUCAAAACUACGUUUUACGCUUCUUGCGUUGAAAAGUUGAGGAAAUACAUGUAUUGUUACAAUAUAUUUGACCCAUUAAGUCCAAUAAUUGUAUUUAAUUUCUUAAUUGCGAUCUUUAUAUCUGCGUGUAAAUGAGGUUGUAGCUUUUGUCGUUAUUGUUAGUGAUAAACUUUUAUUUGUUUUGAAAUUUGAGUUGAAAUGGCGUUCAAUCGUGUUGAGCAGUGAUUUUACCAUCCAAACAAAUUUUGCCUUGAAAAGUGUUCAAGUCCAUUUCUGAUGCCAAUGCUUUUGUCACCAAGCCAAAUAAAGUACCUUUAUGACGAC